UGGCCUUUUAUUUCAAAACAGAACUUAAGUGCUUUAAAGAUAAUAGUAAGUGUAGGACAAUUUUCAUGAAAUGUAAGGAUGACCAGACAGUCGGCGAUGCUGUAUACGGUCUCAUUAGUGAAUGGAAUGUCGUGGUGGAUGAAAUAAGUGUCAAAACAAACGAAUCAGAUGCUGACACUACAUGUAGUACUCCACCCGACACCCCUGUGUCUGUUCUUAAAGGUUUCGGCACGAAGUUCUUAACUGUAACCAUUAGAUCUAAAGAUGUGGGAAAAGAAACUGAUGACUCAUCAGGAUCUAAAGCAAAGAAUGCUUUAAGCAUACUAAUGAAUAUCAACAAAAGUUAUACAGAACUGCCAGAGAAGAGAUAUCCAAGUAAGAAGAAAUGAGAUCAACUCGAAAGACAAGUUAUAUAGCCUGGUUUUGAAGAUCAUGAAAGAAAGAGGGGUGGGGUUUACUCCUCUACAGGUCGGCACACUGGGGAAGAGUACAGUAAAGGCUUUGUCUGAUACACAAUGGUAUCUUGAUCCUCAUGUCCCCAAGUUUGAGCAGCGUGGAAUUUAUUUUCAUGGAUUUGAAAAUUUCAGAGGAUU